AACGUCGCCGUUAAAGGCGUUUGAACCUGGAAGGGCAACCCAGCGAGUAUCUGAGCAUACACGAGCAUCACCUAAACUCGGGCCAAAGGGCCAAAUGGAAGACGGGGAGAUAGACGAUGGGGCGAUGGUGGUAGACGAGGAAGUAGCAGUUCCAGCACCGCAACAGCACAAGUCAGAGAAGUCGGCGCACGAAAUGCUACAAGAGAGCAAGGCCUCGGUGGAGGAUAUCGUGGCGAAGAUGCUCUCCGUCAAGAAAGAAGGCCACCCCAAAUCUCUUCUCCGGGAGCUCGUCACUCAGAUGUUCCUUCACUUCGUUACCCUCCGCCAGGCAAACCGCUCCAUCUUGCUAGAAGAAGAUCGUGUGAAAACAGAAACAGAGCGUGCAAAGGCACCUGUGGACUUUACUACCCUCCAGCUUCACAAUUUGAUGUACGAAAAAAGUCACUAUGUUAAAGCAAUAAAGGCUUGCAAAGAUUUCAGGUCAAAAUAUCCUGAUAUCGAUCUGGUAUCUAAGGAAGAGUUUUUCCAUGAUGCCCCUGAAGAGAUUAAAGGCAAGAUGUUGUCGAAUGACAGUGCACACAAUCUGAUGAUGCAGAGGCUCCAAUUUGAGCUGUUCCAGCGAAAAGAGCUAUGCAAACUUCAAGAGAAACUUGAAAUACAAAAGAAAAAACUUUUGGAUACAAUUGCAAACCGCAAGAAAUUCUUGUCAAGUCUACCCUCGCAUCUUAAGUCUCUUAAGAAAGCAUCCUUGCCGGUACAGAACCAGUUAGGGAUUCUGCAUACGAAGAAAAUUAAGCAGCACCAUUUGGCAGAGUUGCUUCCACCUCCACUCUAUGUGAUUUACUCAGAGUUCAUGGCACAGAAGGAAGCAUUUGGUGAAAAUAUCGAUUUGGAGAUUGUAGGAAGCGUGAAGGAUGCUCAAGCUUUUGCUCGCCAGCAAGCAAAUAAGGACACUGGCAUAUCUACCAGUGUAGAGAAUUCUAGAUUGGAGGAUGAUGCACCCGAUGAGGAAGAUGAUGGCCAGAGGAGGAGAAAGCGGCCAAAGAGGGUUCCAAGCAAGGAGAACCUUGACCAGGAUGGAGUAUAUCAAGUUCAUCCACUUAAAAUCAUCCUUCAUAUUUAUGAUGAUGGGAUUUCUGAUCCUAAGUCUGCAAAAAUUAUCACUCUCAAGUUUGAAUUCUUGUUAAAGUUGAAUGUGGUAUGUGUUGGGAUUGAAGGGUCUCAUGAUGGAGCUGAGAAUAACAUCUUAUGCAACUUAUUCCCUGAUGACACUGGCGUUGAGCUUCCUCACCAGUCAGCCAAGCUCUGUGUUGGUGAUGCCCUUGCAUUUGAUGAAAGGAGAAUAUCACGUCCAUAUAAGUGGGCCCAGCAUUUGGCAGGGAUUGAGUUUUUGCCAGAGGUGUCACCAUUGCUUACUAGCCAUGGAACCCAAAGUGGUGAAACAGCUAAAAGUGAGGUUGUUGUAUCUGGUCUUUCGCUGUAUCGCCAGCAGAACCGCGUCCAGACGGUUGUGCAAAGAAUUCGCUCUCGGAAAAAGGCUCAGCUGGCUCUUGUGGCACAGCUUGAUUUGCUUAUGAAGCUUAAGUGGCCUGCUCUAAGUUGUGAAAGUGUUCCAUGGGCUUUGCAUAACCCUUUGUGCAAUUUGCAUGGUUGGUCGCCUGUAGGACCCCCACCCAUUCAGGCCUUAUCUUUGCCUAUUAUAGAUACAGAGCAAGUUCGGGAAUCUAUAGAUGCUGACACGAUUGAACAACCUGGUACUUCAAAGGAAGAGCUAGAAAGUACAAGGGAAGAUGGGGAGCUUCCAUCUUUGGUUCCUGCUGCAUUUGUCAAUGGCGAUGUAAAACUUAAUCGCUCGAAGGGAUCUAAUCUUGAGCAUUCGAGGCAGCUUGCUUUAAUUUCAAAAAGCCUUGUAUCUCCAAUCAGCGUGGCAAAAUCACAAAGUUUCAAGAAACCUGAUGAGGAUUUGGAUCUGAUAUUGGAUACUGAUAGUGAUCAGGAUGCACCUGCAUAUAUUGAGCCUGAGGUAGAAAAUUAUGAGAUGGACAAUAUGUCAUGGGUGGAUUAUGGGGCGAGGGAAUUUUGUCUUGUUUUAACCAAGAGCAAGGAUACUGACAAGAGCCGUUGGAAGUUAGAAGCCAAGAUCAAGAUCAGCAUGGAAUAUCCUUUAAGGCCUCCUCAUUUUUCAUUGAGUCUUCACACUAAAUCUUCUGGGGGAAAUCAUCCUGAGAGUGAUGGUUCGGAGUGGCAUAAUGAACUUUGUGCUAUUGAAGCUGAGGUCAAUCUUCACAUAUUAAAGAUGCUACCUGUGGAUCAAGAAAACUAUAUUUUAUCUCAUCAAGUUCGUUGUCUUGCAAUGCUGCUUGACUAUUACAUGGAUGACACAUUCCUAUCCUCCGAAAAGAGAAACAGUACGUCAGUGGUUGAUGUUGGUUUGUCCAAGCCUGUCAGUGGCAGGCUUCUUACCAGAUCAUUUAGAGGACGGGAUCGUAGGAAGAUGAUAUCAUGGAAGGAUAUGGAAUGCACUCAUGGCUAUCCUUACUAGGAGGUUACUUAUCAAAAAAAAAAAAAGGUUUCUGAAGCCACUACCUGUAAGCCACGAGGUUUCUAUAAGUCAAGCUGAAUCUGUUCUUGUUCUUAGUUUAUUUGCCAUUCAUUUUGUUGCCCAAAAGUUAUUCCCUUUUCUUAAAAAUUUGGCUUUUUAAGCUUGUUAAGAAACUCAUUAUCUUUUUCCAUCCAAAUAAUCAUGAGAUGCCGAUGGAGUCUUAGCAAUUUCCAAUUCCAAACGUGUAAUUAUAUAUGAGAAACUUUCUAUCCUCCCUUUCUUUCU